AAAGCAUUCUUUGCUUGUCUUCAAAUGCAACUUUGUAUACAUCAUUUAGACAGCCUUUAUUAGUGUUUAGAUAGCUAGACCAUAGCCUCUCUUUGCUAGCUCAGAGCUAUCUAUUACUUGUGAACAUCAUGUUUAACAAAAGCUAUAAGAAAGAAAUAAGCGCAAUAGAGGACUUGAUCAAGGCAAAGGUAUACGUGAAUCAAGAGCGCUGCGAGGAGUUGCGGAAGUUGAAGGAAGACCUAUGGCAGCCGGACGCGGAACUACCGGACGAGCCAUGCACGUUAUUGUGCAUCAAUUUGAGCCAAGAGAUCCUGGACGCGCUUGGUGGCCUUCCUGGCUUCACCAUGCAGAUUGAACGGCUGAGCGGGGGUCAAUCCGACCCAAACUACAAGGUCGACCGCAAGCGCUUUGCGAAGCUGUUCACCGGCGAUGCGCUGCGUAAGGCCAACACAGCCGCUGUCAUACACCAGUUAGGCAGCCAGGAUGACCUGCUCACCAAGAUGGACCGGCGUGUAAUCGCCAUGUCGCUUUUAAACCAGCUGCCUGUGCUGGCAAUAGCUACGCUGGCGUCACCAUCACCAGCCACAGAAGCACCAGCACCGGUAGCGAACAACGCGGCGUCAGAAGAUUGCGGCAACUCCGAUCCCGCGGGGGACAGCUGCUGCAAAGGCGAUGACCAUGACGAAGGCAAGGAAGUCAAGGACAGCGGUGUCGGUGUUGCCGCAGAUGCUAGUGGCUGCGGCGGCCUGCAUGCACUGCCUGCUGCCAGCGCCGCAAGUGGCGGCACGUGGCCGGUGUUCUUCAUACCUCACGCGGAUCACGUGGGCCCGCUGAAACAGUGGCUGAUUUCGGAGCUGCCCCGCGUCCGUGCGCUGUCCUCUGCCGUACGCCAGCAGCUGCACGAGCGGCUCGACCACCUGGGCCGGAUCAACGCACCGCUGCACUUCCUCAAGCGGGCCUCCGUGGCGCUCGUGCCCUUCGGAGUGCUGACUGUUAACUUCCUUGGCGUAGUGCGGCUGAUGGCUACCAUGUUGCAGCUGGCGGGCAUGCGCGGGGACACCUCCGCGAACAAGGCACUGGGGCUGCUGGGAGCGCAGAACGCGGCCAUGGUCACCGGCAUUGACUCCAUGGGCGACAUAUACUCCUUUGCCGUCUUCGCCACCGUGCUAGCUGACCUCCAGGGCAUGGGCCUUGUGGAGGCAGCUGAGGCCAUGGAUGUGGUGGACGGACUGACCCUUGGGUCAAUCGGCGUCGUCACGGGCGCCGUAUCGGCACUGGGCGCCUACCUGACGCGACCGCUGGUGGUGCGCUCGGCUACGGACUUCCUGGCCGGGCUGCAAACCAUGCACGUGCUCAACCCCGCCAUGCGGAGGGCGAGUGUGAAGCGGGAGAAGAAGCCGCCGAAGCAACGGGGCUGGGGCCGUAAGGGCAAGAAGGCUGCGGACGUGGCUGCUGCUGCAGCAGAUGCAGUGACGGGGGCUGCAGCUGCGGGCGUGACCAAGGAGGAAGCGGGGGCGGAAGAAGAUAGGCGGCCGUCGGAGGAGGAUGCGGACGGGUGUAUGGGCACAGAUGAUUCUCCGUCAGAUGUAGAGGAGCCAAGUGCUGCAACAUAUGCGGUCGUAGCUGCUGCGGGUACGGAAGAGGGCGUGACGGCGGGCGGUGGAGGGCUCAGCCGAGCCGAGCUACGGCAGCAGGCCGCAGCACAGCGACAGGCGGCUGCGGAAGCCAAGAGGGCAGAGAAGGAAGCCAAGGCGGCGGCUAAGGCUGCAGCCAAAGCAGAAAGGAAGGCGGCUAGACUUGCGGAGAAGGAACGCAGGCGUCAGGAGAAGCAGGAGGAGAAGGAGAGGCGGGCAGCGGAGAAGGCGGCGGCGGCACAGGCCAGAGCGGAGGAGAAGGCAGCAGCGGCGCAGCGACGGACUGAGGAGAAGGCGGCAGCAGCGCAACGCCGGGUGGCGGCACGGCAGGCUAAGGAGGGCUUGGUGGAACAGGCCGCACAGGGCGUCAAGGAGGAGACUGUAGCGAUAGCAGGGG